AUGGGAUACAUGGCCGCGGCAGUGUCCAGCAUAUGGGCAAAAAAGUGGAAAAUGUGGAAAAUACAGCCAUUCCGCGCAGGCAUGCAGAACAAGCGUGACAACAGUAAAGAUAAACAAUGGAAUAUAAACAACAGGAUAAACAAUAGAAGUCAGGCGAGCAGUGACUCUACCAUAAGCAGUUUAAACAUAAAUAAUGAUAGAUACCAAAGGAAUAAGUACACAUUAGAAUUUACAGUAAUAAAAGAGAAAGUAAAACACUUGUUAGAAUUAGAAACGUACAAACAGCUAGACAUAGGAGAAUUUUCACGGACCUUUGAUAUAGUUUUGACGCAAGGGAGGGAGCGUAUCUCGAAACUACCAGCAAAAGUUAUAAAAAAUAAACUUCGACAGCAUUUAAAACAGCAAGACACAGCUGUAGAAGAACAUGAUAAAAGUUUGCAACAGGUAAUUGAAGCAGCGCAAAGGAGUAAUAUAAAAUUCGAUAAAACAAAAGUCCAAUAUAGAAAACAUAUAGUAGCUUAUGUAGGUUAUAUAUCUUCAAAGAAGAAGAGUAAAACCAUCGCUGAGGAUAAAAUACAGGCGACAAAAGCGCCUAAUAUCGCAGAUAAUAAAAAAGAAUUGGAAAGCAUUCCGGAACCGGCUGUUAUAGUCAGAGCUGAAGAGGUUUUGAUUGUUGUUUUGGUCCUCCUCCUUUGGGCUGCGGCGAUUGCGUUAUUUUUCAAUCGAUGGGGCAAGAUUAGGAUGUUGGAGCCGUAUCAACCGAAAUUUCAACAACACAGACAAAGUUGUACUACGAUUGAACAAAAUCAACUCCAGAAUCGGCGCACGUUCUCGAAAUGUAACAUACCCUGCGGGGACUAUCCGGCGGGACACGAAUUAAGUUACGCUUCGGGUCAGGUACGACCAAGGCAAAACAGUGUGUUCAUUGGAUCUAAUACGUCCUUGCUUCCUGGCGCUCAAGAUAUGCCACGUCGCACGAGAAGCGCGUUCGAUCUUCAAUUCUUGAUGUUUUCGGAGAACAACUCGUGCAGUGAACAGGAUACGUUAAAAAACUUGAAGUCAGCCAACGAGUCCACGAAAUUGUUGCAACGCGAACGAAAGACCAGUAUCUGUCAGUUAGACAGAAUCGAAACGUCCAAGCCUGUCUUUCGAGACAGAGGAAUGAGUGUCUGUCAAUUCGAUGCUUCCUCGAAAUUGUGGCAACGAGAUCGUGGAAUGAGUGUCUGCCACUUCGACAGGAUGGAGGUACUUGCCAGACCGUUGCAAAGAGACCGUGGCGGAAGAAUCUGGCAGUUCGACAGAAUGGACGUGUUGGCCAAUCCGCUGCAGAGAGAUCGCACAGGCAGCGCCUACCAUUUUGACAGAAUGGACGUUUUGGCUAGGCCAAAUUGUUCUUUUGGCAAAUCCUUAUCGAGGGAAAGGCGCGUCAGCAUGUGUAACUUUCAGGAGAAAGACGAGGAAGCAGCGAAAGGUAGUCAAAUGGUACGGCGUUUAAGCAGCAACAACAUUGAGAAGAUCGUCAAGGAGGAGGCGUCCGUCGAAGAAGUCGAAGAGUGUGAAACGGCGAUGCAGCAGAUAUUUCCCAAAUGCACACCCAAAGGAAAUAAAAAUGCUUCCUAUCAAUUGGACCAACCGUCUUGCAGCAAAACUCCUGACGUUGUGUUCGGAUACAAGGCUACUUGCGUGUAGUGUGAGAAGGUUAAACGUAUGACUUAUCAAGGGAGAAUAUGUAUGCUAUACUUGAAAUUUUUGGAGUUAAUUAUCGUUUCAAUUUCAUUCAAUUCGUAUCGAAGGGUACUUGAAUGCAUGUGACAUAUAUUCGAUCACAAUAUGGUAAUAAAUAGAAAUUCUUAUAUCAAAUCGUAUUUAAAUGUAACACUUAUACCGACUGUGUAAUGUUCCAGAAAUGAAAUUAAAAAAUACUCCUUCCUUUUAAACGUACGACUCAUAAAGUUCCGAAAGAACCAAACUCUGUGUAUAUAAUGAUUCAAAGGCGUCUGAUUCCGAGAAUAAUUCUACGACGAAAAAUAUAUUUUAUUAAUGUUAUAAUACUUGGCUCUUUCGGUCGUGUUGUUCUGUGUGAAGGAAUCGUCUGAACAAAUUUGCACCGUGUAACAAAAUAACCACAAUAGAAUUUUAAAGUGUACACGUUGUCAACGCCACGAGAAUUCUAGAAAUGAAUAAUUUCACAUACUUUUCGGGCUGAAAACAACGAUUUUCGACAUUCAAACACCGAAAGAGUUGAAGCAAACGGUUGUAAUAAUCUAGGAAAGUAGUAAAAGAAAUUUAUAAAGGAAGAUGCGAACUAUUUUUUCAAGAAUUGUAAUUUUUUAGACGACUGUUGAAAAGAUAUAAAUUUAUUAACACGUAUUACAAUUUUGGACUUAGUAUGAUAUUAGAAUUUACCAAGCAUUCUGGCAAAAACGGCGUUGAAGGGAACACGAAACAGGGACAAUUAUCUCCGUUACAAGGUUUGUGCCACCUUGUGGUGGGAUAUAACGUUCGAUAAAUACUUCGAAUCCCAAGUUAAAUCCACUACCCAACGUCCACUUCAUAGGUUUUGAAUACUACAAUACAUAUUUAAUCAUUCAUUCAUUCUACUCGCCAAAUAUGAUUUCGAAUCUCAGAAAAAACACUUGCAAUCACUUAAUAGAAUUGUGAGAGUCAAGAAAGCAGUUCCACUUCACUGAAUUUCUAUAACAAUGCGAGCAAGAUUUUACAAAAUUGUAGACGAUAAACGGGAUUCCUAUAAAUUUUAUUUUAAUGUUUGAACGUGUGAAUAUUUCGUUUUGCUUUCAUUUCUAGGAUUGUGUAAUAUUUGUAGAAGAUUUCCAACAUAAAAUUGAAACAAAAAUUUAUAUUUUGUUCAGACUUGGCACAUUUUCUAACAUUAGAAAAUUACAAUUGGGUCGAAAAUGACCGAAAGGACGUACCAAGGUUAAGGAUGGUAUCCAAACAAACUGUUUUAGUUAAUGGAGAAUUGCUAGUUUUCGUUUUGCUUUCAUUUCUAAGGUUGUGUAACAUUUGUAGAAGACUUCCAACAUAAAAAUGAAACAGAAAUUUAUAUUUUGUUCAGACUUGGCACAUUUUCUAACAUCAGAAAAUUACAACUGGGUCGAAAAUGACCGAAAGGACGUACCAAGGUUAAGGAUGAUAUCCAAACAAACUGUUUUAGUUAAUGGAGAAUUGCUAGUAAGUUUUGAACUUUCUGCUAUUUCGGUUAUGAAUAUAAGAGCUUACGGUCAACUCCAUUUAGAUUAGCUGCGUAUAUAAAUGAAAUCUUUUCUUUCAAUGACUACAUUACAUUUGCAACUGGCUCUGUUGAGAUUUGAUAGUGUCCAAUAGUGUUUCCACUCCAUUUCCUUAUUUUUCACUCCAGUAACUCAUAUGGCUUCGUUCUCUUCUGACUCUUGAAGUUUGUGUCAGGUUUUUAGCUAGUUCGUCAAAACGUAUAUAGUUUGUUAUUGUACGCUGUUGGAAAUAAAUGAAAUCUUAAAAGGAAAAUAUAUUUCAGUUUUUAACUCCACGUGCCAAGAGAACAGACGUAUUUCAGUUUUACAGACUACGCGCGCCUGUGCAGUAUUCGUGGACGAUAUAAACUGGUUGCCGUAAAUACUUCUGAAAAUUCAUUGCCAAUGUAGUUGCUAUUAUCACGAUCGCGGAUUACGAGAACGCGUUAAAUGUUCAGAGAAGUCAAUGCAAUUUUCAUGUCAAUUGUGUUUUGUGUCCCAUAAGAACAGAUAUUUACAUGCUCUAUCGUUCCAAAAUGUUUUCAUAAACGACAUUCUGUGUAAUUACGAUUCGUAUCGUCAAUAUACCCGAUCGCAAUUUAUUCGGUUAUCUGUUUUUGCUAAAAUGAUUAUUACUUAUUCGCUUAAAAUUUACAAUUAUCGUCGAGAUAAAUUAUUAUUCGUUUUAAGUUAAUGUCGAUUUAAAUUAAACGU